AUGUUGGUAAGGUCUACGGUUUCAGUUGGGAAGACGGUCCCCAGGACGCUCGUCUCCGUCACGACACGCAGAACUAUGUACGACAGCGGUGGGGACGGUGGAUUCAACAAUUUCGCAAAGAGAGAGCAGGCGAAAGAGAACUAUUUCAUAAGGAAACUGGAGAAGGAGCAGAUGGCGAAGAUCAGGAAGGAGAUACAAAGGCAUAAGGAUGAACUGAAGAGUUUGGAGAGCAAGAUUGACGAGAUCUCGAAAAGACACAACGGUAAAGACGAUCAGAAGUGA